AUGGCUCCCUCGGCAGCUCUCGCUCCGGCGGCCUUCCGCUCCGCCUUCUCGGCGCCGCUCGCCUCGAACCCUACCCGUAAUAGAAUAAACAUAGAAGGUGCUUUCUGUUUGCCGUGUUCCACGAGGAAGAGAGCUAGUUAUAGACCUUUCCGAGUGUACAGUUUAUUUGGAGGGAAGAAGGAUAAAGAUGAGAAUGGUGAUGAGGCGCCAUCGAAAGCAGGAAUUUUUGGAAAUAUGCAAAAUCUCUAUGAAACUGUUAAGAAGGCCCAAAUGGUUGUCCAAGUUGAGGCUGUCCGGGUGCAAAAGGAGCUUGCAGCGACUGAGAUUGAUGGUUAUUGUGAAGGUGAACUAAUCAAGGUUACACUUUCUGGAAACCAGCAACCUAUUAGAGUUGAAAUUACGGAAGCUGCAAUGGAGUUGGGUGCUGAAAAACUUUCCGAGUUGGUCAACGAUGCUUACAAGGAUGCGCAUCAACAGAGCGUCCAGGCCAUGAAAGAGAGGAUGGCUGACUUGGCACAGAGCUUAGGAAUGCCUGCGGGCCUCGGCGAUGGUCUCAAGUGA